CCCCACGCUCCAGUCAAUCCUGGCGACCCCGGAUUAUAUUUCUCAUUAGGUGAAGGUGAUAGAUCUCGCAAGUUGUAGCGUUUGGUGGUGCGAAUCAAGCACAAACCAAAGUCCCUGUGGUGCUACAUGGGGCAGUACCGUUUGUACCACACAGACCCACUAACAACAGAUGAAUUUGCAAGCCAGCCAGUGGCGGUGCAGAAGACGUGGGGAAAAGAUAUUCUUGUGAAGUCAUGGGGACACUUGACAUCUGCCCGAGUCUUCUUCCGUAAAGUACACGGCAGAGUACCGAGCGGAGAGCAAGUAUCAACACUUGCCAAUGACAAAAAGCGUCUAGAGGAGGCACGGAGCCACUUGACUUGGCAAGAUGUCACAGCUGCCUUCAAGCGCGGAGAGGAGUCUAAUAUGUCUAGGAAAUUGUCGUAUAUGCCAUGAAAUGCAUCGACUACGACAUCGAAUUCCAGCGCAUUCUCGCGAGGAACUAUCGAUACUUCACACCGCCAGAGCCAAAGCGCAAGAUGCCAGCAGCCUCAGCUCACCAGCCAAACACGAAGGUGUCG